AUGGCUCCUAAUCUCGACCAGGAUGUAAUUCAUAUCAUCCUCCAUUUCCUCUGGAACCUCCAUUCGACCUCCUGGGAUUCGGAGUUCCGCCCACAGCACUUUCGACGCUUCUUCAUCGCCUAUUCGCUCAUUUCGCAAGAUUGGACUCUCCCUGCUCAACGAUACAUCUACCGUUCAGCACAUUUACAUUGGAACGAUCAGUUUAAUUCCUUCAGAGCGGGUCUCAGCAGCGUAACUCGAGGUCAAAGUCUUCGUACCUUUGUACGAGUCUUGGACAUUUCCAUUUCCAACAGCCAGCUCGGUAUCCCACUCAGAAAGUUGGACAAGCUCCUCCGCGAAACACCGUAUCUCGUCGAACUGCGUCUCCGUAUCGGGGCGGAAAUAAACACCCUUUUCGCUCGCAAGGUCCAGGCGCAAAGACUAUGCGACGCCUUUGCUGCACUCCGGCCCACCCUUCGAGCAUUCCAAAUCGAGCUUACGGGAAACUUUACACGGACGCGAGUGCUCAAAGAGUUUCACACUCUUGUUGAGCUUGGCUCGCUCGACUUUGUCACCAUUGCGAUCGCCGCGGAGCACAACGUCUGGAUUCCCGAAAAGUUGUUCGCUGAGACCGAGUGGAACACUCAUGUAGAGGAAUGGACGACUAUGAGUUGGCCUAUCGAGACGAACGCACAGUCACUUUCUAUGAAGCGCGUUCUCUUUGCCCCUCCAGCCGGCGCAGAUUGUCUGGUCGAACCCGAGGUGCUCCGCCUCAAUUCUCAACACAUAUCUAAAGAGAUUACUGGUCUCUUUGGCUCGCAUCUCAAAGAGUUUCUUUGCCAGCCACCAUCUCAGCGUGACCCCUGGCCCGAGAGCUUGCACAAUCUCCUCGAGGCUUCACCCAACCUCGAACGCAUUAUACUUCUCCAGGUCGAGAAUGGGAAAUGGUCGAGGAAGAAAAAACGGGUACCUGUAACUCGGAUGCAUGUCGUUGAACGAGAAGACUGGAUAACGGACGAGGAGGCUACAUGCGUCCAAGCUGGCGAGGAGACCGAUGACCCCACCGCAGACAUCAAACACAAGCUACUCCAGCGUGCCUCACAUGUCGUGACCUUUAAACAAGAGCCGCCAGAGACUUGCAAAGAUAAACUCACGACAGUCUAUCGAAGACCAGCAGUGUUUGACGAGCGAUGGCUCGACCACGCCAUGACUGGAGUAGAGAUGGAGAGAGAGCCUCAAGAGUUUUAUGGAUGUUACAGCUGGAAAUGGGACAAGAGACAGCCCGAGUAUCGGCGAUAUUUCUUUGCCCUACGCAAGCCUCCAAUUGCCAUGACUCCUUGA